UGACACCUGUACCUGUCUAUGUACUUUUGAACAGCAUAUUGACUCUAGAGCAAUACUGUACUGUUAGUGAGUAUACUAGUGAGAUCAUACACUAUGCUUUUGUAAAACAUUUGCUUAAACUGGAGUAUUUCUGUGCGUUGAGGUAGAGGGGAACGGUGCUGAUAUGGCGGACGCUAGUUCUCAACCAUCAGCCCCAGCGAAGCUUGAUCAAGUGCAGGGCCAAGUCAAUGAGGUCAAAGUUAUUCUCAAGGACAACAUCAACAAAGUGCUGGAAAGGGGAGAGAAGUUAGAUGACUUAAUUGACAAGACAGACGACCUUCGAUCAACUGCUGACACAUUCCAACGGACAUCCGCAAGGGUUGCCCGGAAAUACUGGUGGAAAAAUACAAAGAUAAUGAUCAUCAUCGGCGUGGUAGUGGUGAUUGUCGUCAUCCUCAUCAUCCUAUUUGCCACUGGUGUAAUUAAGUAAACCUGGAUUCAGAAGUCCAAAACAGGUUCAACCUGUUAGGUAGCAUGGGGAUGUUUCAGUACUUCAUGUAAAUAAGCAAUAGUCAAAUUACCUUGUUCUUUUUAAAGAUGUGUGAUAUGAUAUGUUCAGUCCGUGGCCAUGUAAUGAUACAUUUCAUCAUUUAAAGCU